UAGUGUACACAUCGCUGCAACUGAACAUAAAUUGUGAGAAAAGCAAUGUUUAAUCAUGUUUUUUCUCUUCUGUUUAUUGCUCAAUGUAUACAAAACGCAAAAUUGGAGACAUGGGAAAAGUGGAUUCCGCCAUCUAUUAACAGAACAGAUCUACUUUGCCCUUCUGAUCAUUGUACGCGAGACCCGACACAAUAUGUUACGACGAAAAAUGAUUGCUGCACGUGCUGGGCUGAACCGUCUUGGAAAUUUGAUCCAUUGACUUAUGAUUUAGUUUUGGAGUAUACACGAAGAGGGGGUACAGCUCAACUCAUAGGAGAUAUAACAGUGAAUUCAAGAUUGGUACAUAAUAAUGGAUUCUUAUCGCAUCUACCAACCAACGUAUGCAAUUUUGUGAAUAUUGUAGAAAUAGAAGUCACUUAUAAUAGAAUUUUAUCGAUUGGAAACAUAUCAUGUUUACCUAUACUAGAUACACUUGAUUUGAGUCAUAAUUCAAUCGAUUCAAUUGGAAAUAGCACGUUUAAAUAUUUACCUUUAUUAAGAGUAUUGAGAUUAACUUAUAAUGGUAUUACAACAAUGGAACCGUACGCUCUGGCAGGAACAACGAUGUCAAUUUUUUUGGCCGAUUUGUCCUUCAACAAUAUGACAGAAAUUGAUUUGAGUAAUUUAAUUCCAGAAAAUCGUUUUUGUCGGUAUGAUUUUUCCUCAAACAAAAUCGUUGAAAUAGUUAGUGAACAGAAUUUUCAGAUUGAUGUCGACAAAAUUUAUCAUGGAGGAUUCGUUUAUUUAGAUUCAAAUGAUAUCACACAAUGGUUUGACUUCAGAGAUCUAGGAAUAGACGACAUUAAUAUUCUAGGAAAAGUCAUGCAAUUCGGAUUUUCUUUGCAAAAUAUGAAAUGGACUUGUGAUUGUCGAAUGGAACCGUUUCUUGAACUUUCACAAGAUGUGUUAAAAAGAAUCUGGCGUGAUUACUAUAAUCUUACAUGUUGGGAUCCACCGGAAUACCGUGGGGUGUCAAUUACGGAUUUUUUUAUGGAGGGGGAUAAACUUGAUUUGCUUGUUUGUAACAAGUCGUCUGCUGAUAAAUGUCCAAAAGAAUGUUACUGUUUUUAUCAACUGAAAAACAGAAGAACUGUGGUCAAUUGUACCGGAGUUGGAUUACUUGAGUUGCCAAAGUAUGUUCCUGAAGGCGAUAAUUUGACUUUGUUAUUUGAUGAAAACGAUAUAGAAUUUUUAGAAUAUCGAGAAUAUUUCAACAGAUCGUCUGUCAUUAGUCUAUCAAAAAAUAAACUCCAUACAAUUUCAAGCAAUGCCAUUGAAUCUAUAGACAGCAACGCAGUUUUUGAUUUGUCUGAUAACAAUAUGUAUGCGUUGCCUAGAGAUUUUCAAUCAUUUGAUCCCUGUAUAACAAAAUUGGGGAAAAUAAAAAUAUCUUGCGGUUGUGGUGAUCACUGGCUUGUAGACUGGGUGAAAAACAAGCGAGCAGAAAAAUGCAAAAACACAACCGAAAUUAUCUGCUUUAUAGGGAAUAGAUAUGUUUCAACGAUUGAUUUAGAUUUAGGGGAUUUCUGCAAUAAUGACUCCAAUUUGACAUUCUUAAACAUUUCAUUUGGAAUAGUAAUUGCUCUGCUAUUGGGACUUUUCGGUGUAUUGUAUACAUUCCGCUACGAACUGUUUAUCUUAAAGAGACGGUUUAUGAAUCAGAAAUCUACGAGAAUAUGCCCAUUACUGAAAUACGAUGUUUUCAUAUCUUUUGAUGAUAAUGACACGGAACUGCGUUUUUGGGUAAUGAAAAGAUUGGCCUCCUACUUGAAAGGCGCUUGUUAUAAGACUUUUAUACCGUGUCGAGACGGUAAGUUCGGGGAUAUCAGAGAAGAAGCAUUGAUUAAUAAUAUAAAUAUUUGCAAGAAUUAUAUAGUUAUACUCUGUGACAAAUAUCACACCGAAGAUACGUUUUGGACAACUGUUGAAUGGAAAUAUAUUUGGCAUAGCUUUAAACAAAACAAGGAAAGACAAAUCAUAAUGAUAAAUUACCAUCAGUUAGAUCCGUCGGAAGUCCGUGAAGAAAAACUAAAAGCUUUUAUACGAGUUAGCACAGACAUUGACUUUUCAAACAGGAAGCAUCAUUUGUUCAAGGAGAUUCAUGAUAGAUUAGGUUCCCCGAUUCUUACAAACAAUGGACUAAAAUGUGCAAACACAAAAUUUAUCCCAAAAUCACUGCACAGUCAGGAUAUGUUCAUGCUAGAUAUAUAACAAUUAAACAAUGUAACAUUUCUUGUUCAGAGAUAUACUUAUUCUUUUUAAAUAUUCCUUUAAAUAUAAGUGUCAUAUAGCAUCUUAAAUGUGGCAGUACAAAACCGUGUUCAAAUGAAUGAAAACUUGUUUAUAUGAA